ACAUGUUCAGUGCUCAGUAUUGUCAAACACUGUUAUGGCUCCCGUGAGCGGUACGCAUUCACUAGUAAGACUAAAAAAUUAAAAGUUCUUUGUUUAUCCCUUUCCGUAUCGCUGCAUUUGGAUCACUCGUCCGGAGUGUCUGGCUCCAGUCACAGCCCAGGAGUGACGUGUCAUGUCAGAGGAGAGCAACACGACAAAGAUGGAGUCUGGCGAAACAAAACCUUUGAUAUCUGGAGCAGCUUCGAACACAACAACGAGCACGUCGCAGAGCACUGGCGGUUCUGGCGGGGGCAGCAGCAAGUCAAGCUCUCAGUCAAUUAAACCCAACUACUCCCUGAAGUUCACAUUGGCUGGUCAUACCAAAGCCUUGUCGUCUGUCAAGUUCAGCCCCAAUGGAGACUGGCUCGCCAGUUCCUCUGCAGAUAAACUCAUCAAAAUCUGGGGUGCUUAUGAUGGAAAAUUUGAAAAAACAAUCUCAGGACAUAAACUGGGGUUGAGCGAUGUUGCUUGGUCGACAGACAGCAAGCUGUUGGUCAGUGCGUCGGACGAUAAAACUCUGAAAAUCUGGGACUUUGCCACGGGGAAAUGUCUGAAAACCCUGAAAGGUCACAGCAACUACGUCUUCUGCUGCAACUUCAACCCCCAGUCCAACCUCAUUGUGUCAGGCUCUUUUGACGAAAGUGUCAGGAUCUGGGACGUGAAGACGGGCAAAUGUCUGAAAACUCUCCCCGCCCACUCGGACCCAGUCACUGCUGUCCACUUUAACCGAGACGGAGCUCUGAUCGUGUCCAGCAGUUACGACGGUCUGUGCCGCAUCUGGGAUACCGCGUCUGGACAGUGCUUGAAAACUCUGAUAGAUGAUGACAAUCCGCCCGUGUCCUUUGUCAAGUUCUCACCAAAUGGAAAGUAUAUUCUAGCUGCCACAUUGGACAAUGUCUGAAGACGUACCUGGGCCACAAGAAUGAGAAAUAUUGUGUGUUUGCCAACUUCUCUGUCACCGGGGGAAAGUGGAUCGUCUCGGGCUCGGAGGACAACAUGGUCUACAUCUGGAACCUGCAGACCAAAGACGUGGUGCAGAAACUGGCCGGACACACGGACGUUGUGCUGAGCUGCGCCUGCCACCCGACGGAGAACAUCAUCGCGUCUGCGGCGUUGGAGAACGACAAAACCAUCAAGCUGUGGCGGAGCGACACGUAGCAUGCGGCCGGCCAGCCUGGCAACUUGCGUCCUGCGCCAGCGUCCAUGCCCCCUGGUCUGAAAGUGUCUGUGUGAACGUGUUCCGAACGAACGUGUCCCAACCACUGACAAAUUUUUUUUUUGUUGUUGUCUGCCGGCUGUUCACGCGUACUAAGCCCAACAUUUGGAAAUUGAAAAAAAAUCAUUUUUAAUUCUAAUUGAUUAAUGACAGUUCCUAUAUCCAUGGUAUCAGUUAAGUGUACUCGAGAAAUAUUUUGUCGAAAUUCAAGUUCAAAAUGUUGGAAGAAAAAAAAAAGAAAAAGCAAGAAGAGGUACAAAUUUCCGAAGAAUGGAACAAUUUUUUUUGGCUCCCCUGAAGAAAUGUUGCUUCUUGACGCAGAACAGUUGAACAGUUGGGCAGCUUUUUGUGACGACCUUGGUGCGUUGCUGGCUCGGUCCGUCAGUCGGUGGGAGGUUGUAUAUUUGGAGUGAGUGGGUUUGGUUGGUUGGUUUGUUUGUACAUUUCUGAAUGAAGACUGUUUUUUUCACAAGCGCUUAGUUGGUUGAAACUGCUUUGACGUAAGAUCAUAUUGUUUGUUUAACCCUCCAAGUGUCAGCAGCUGGUUUAACCAUUUAGCUCCUGGAGACCUUCCCUGAUGCUCGCCCUGAAACCCUGGACAAGGGAAAUAAACCUCUAAAAAAAA